AGGGCGGCUGAGGAGGCCAUGAUUUCAGAUCUGGACGAGAGCAACCCCGGCACGGAGUGGGAGCGGGUGGCUCGACUCUGUGACUUCAACCCCAAGUCCAGCAAGCAGGCCAAAGACGUGUCUCGCAUGCGCUCCGUCCUCAUCUCCCUGAAGCAGUCCCCACUAGUCCGCUAGGCAGCCUAGCCUGCUCAGGGUGUCAUUCCAUAUAAUCCUGUCUCAUGACGUACCAACCAACCCUACUACCGAUGUCCCACCAUCUGCAUUCUGAAGACAAGGGGACUUGCAUUCCUUCUGUCCAUACCGGUUUGCCAUGCACAGCCCUGUGGAAGGAUAUAGCCAGUGGUCCUACCCUUAUCUGUCUCCUCCUGGCAGGGCUGUAGAGAUUAGCUUUGAAACACCAGCUCACCAUUGUCUGCCCCCUGAAAGGUUUUCAUCUGUGUGACCUCUUCCGCAGACAAAUCAAGACCUUGUAAUUCCUUUUUCUUGUUGUUUAAUAUCCCGUGAUCAACUCCUAUUAGAUCGACACAAGUUGUCAUGGUCUGUGGUAUUGUGUAACACUUGUGUAAGGGUGGUGAGUUUGGACACUAAAAGGGAAAGGUUCAUGUUUGUUUGUACAACCUGCUUCACAUGGCCCCCAAACAAUAUCAUUCCCAUGAUACUGUACUCUUAACUUAACUGUCCUCUGACCUAUGAGGGUUGAUUGAUGUUAACUGGUUUCAUUAACCCUUUGCCCUCCAACACAUCGCCUCAUGUUUUCCCAUCCUUGCAAAAAAAGUAUCUUCCUAAAAAAAAAAAAAAAAUAAUUAAAAAAAAAUAUAUAUUUUUUUUUUUUUUUUUUUUUUAGGACCAAACUCUUAAAACAAAACUCCAAAUUCAGUGUGUACUUUGAACAGUGUGUGUAGAGCCUGCUUGUGGCAUAUUGUGUUAAAUUUUCCAAUCUAUGCAUUUCCUUUUGAAAAGCCUCUCCCCUCAGUCAGUCAGGAACUAUCCAAGUCAUUACAAUAAUGUAUACUAAUUAUGUGACCUGUUUGUAUGUGCGUUUAAACCUCAACUGUGUGUGUGUGUGUGUGUGUGUGUGUGUAUAUGUACUCUAUGCGUGUACCUAUGUACAUAUACAGAAGGCAUUAUAUAUACAGUAUAUAAAAUGUUUCACUGAAAUUAGACCGUUGUGGUUUUAAAGAUAAAUACAUAUUAGCCAGCUGUUGCUUGACCAUGCGUGUUCAUUGUCCAUUUGAUUUCAGUAUCAGUAAAAAAGUGAAUGAAA